AUGGACAUCAAGAAGGGCAGACGUCGACAACAGACACCUGGGAAUAAAUUACAAAGUCUAAUGGGCAGCUGGAUAGCGCCAGCAGAGCGAACAGAAGAGAGUAAGCAGCGGUUACGACAGCAGCUAAACGAAGUGGAGGUAUCGGCACAGCGAGAGCGCGACAAGAGUAUCGUAUUUGCAGCGCAUCCGAAACUUCAUGACUUUCCGUGGAUGGUCUCGCCGACAGUUGCCAGCAAACACGUCCUAAAGGCAAUCAAGAAACUAGCAUUUAAGAAGUACAGGAGUGAAGGAGAAUCGCUUGACGUGAUAGUGGACACGUUACAACUAGCGGCAAAAACGAGUCAAUGGCAAGCGGCGGCUCUGGACCAGGACCCAAAGCGGUUAUGGGCGCACCAAAACGAAUUAACGGAGUAUCAGGACAAAGGCAAAUACGAGCAGUCGCCAUACGUGAACGACGGUGCCCCGAACGUUUAG